AUGGCAGCCAAAAAUAAAGCUACCGCCGCGAGAGUUAUUCUUAUCACGCUUGGGGGACUGGGUAUUGCCGUCGGCUUCAUUGCUGUUCAGCCCUUCGCUCCAGGUCCUGUUAUACGGCAUUUCCAAUUGUUGCAGCAGCGGCGCCGGCGACAGGUGCAAUGGUCGCAUAGCCGCAAAAGGAUCAAGACCCGCGAGCAGCCCCACGACUAUUAUCUCUUCGUCCUGGGAUCCGGCGGGCACACAAAAGAAAUGCUCAUGAUGAUGGAUGACGGAUUCUGCCACUUCGAGAACUUCCACAGACGUUAUCUCAUCUCGAGUGGCGACUCCAUGUCCUUGAAUCAUUUGACAGACUUUGAGAACGAUGUCAAGCUUCUCUGCGAGAAGGAGGGCCAGUCACCUGGGACAUACGAUACGAAGGUUGUUGCCCGAGCUCGGCGUGUUCACCAAUCCCUUCUGACCACUCCAUUCUCCGCUUUGGUCAGCCUGUACGGAAUUUUCCAGGUUCUGCUGUCACCUCCCGCCAACGAUGUGGGCAACACACUGCGUUUCCCUCGACUCAUCUUCUCCAACGGGCCGGCUACUGGAUUCUUUGUUGGCUUGGCUGUGCACGUCUUGAAGGUCAUCUACAUCAUCCCUGAGGACAAAUGCCUCUUUAUCUACAUUGAAUCAUGGGCACGCAUCACCUCGCUUAGCUUAACCGGCAAGCUAUUUCACUUCACUGGGAUCGCGGAUGCUUUCGCAGUCCAGCAUGAGGAGGUCGCAAAGCGCUACGGCGUGAGCAAUGCUGGCCCUCUCGUAUUCAACUACAAGCGUCGUCCCAUGGGAUCGGCGAUUGGGGCGUCUUCAUGA